AUGUGGAACAAGUCAAGGGAUAUCCCCCUACGAUCUGACUAUGGCUACAAAGUCAGCCUGUUCUCUCACCUGCACCAGUACAGCCGCAAAGCCCCCCUCACCCAGCAACUCAGCAUUCCCUCUACUGUGAUCCACCCCUCCAUCGUGCGGUUGGGUCUGCAGUAUUCCCAGGGCAUCGUGGUGGGAUCCAACGCUCGCUCUGUAGCCCUGCUCCACGCCUUCAAACAGGUGAUCAGGGACUAUACUACUCCUCCUAAUGAGGAGCUGGCCAGAGACCUGGUCAACAAGCUCAAGCCCUAUAUCAGUUUUCUCAAUCAAUGUCGCCCCCUGUCGGCGAGCAUGGGCAACGCAAUCAAAUAUAUCAAGAAAGAAAUCUCCAAUAUUCCUAGUCAGUUCAAAGAAGAGGAAGCGAAGACCAAACUGCAGACGUGUAUAGACCGUUACAUAAAGGAAAACGUAGUUCUGGCUGCCAAGGCCAUCUCUAAAUACGCCAUAGAGAAGAUCAGUGACGGAGAUGUCAUUCUAGUCUAUGGAUGCUCGUCCCUGGUGAACCACAUCCUGUGCGAGGCAUAUGAUAAGAGCAGGAAGUUCCGUGUGAUCGUUGUGGACAGCCGGCCUCGUCUGGAGGGAAGGGAGGCUCUGAGACGUCUCGUACAGCGAGGCAUCAGCUGCACCUACGUCCUCAUCUCUGCCCUCUCGUACAUACUACCUGAGGUAUCUAAGGUGUUCCUGGGUGCCCAUGCUCUGCUGGCUAAUGGCUACGUGAUGUCUCGUGUGGGCACAUCUCAGAUAGCUCUGGUGGCUAGGACCUUCAACGUGCCGGUUCUGGUCUGCUGUGAGACAUACAAGUUCUGCGAGAGGGUGCAGACUGACUCCUUCGUCUCAAACGAGCUCGAUGACCCCGAUGACCUGAUGGUGACCCGGAAGGGGAAGACCCAGCUGGAGAACUGGCAUGAUGUCAGCUCCCUGGGGCUGUUGAAUCUGGUCUACGACGUAACGCCGCCAGAUUUUGUUGACCUGGUCAUCACAGACCUGGGCAUGAUCCCCUGUACCUCCGUUCCUGUUGUACUCCGGGUCAAAAACUUGGAACAGUAGAGGGGGGGGGGGUAGGGGAUGACGUGGGGGGGUAUGAUGUAGACUUGAUCUGACUGUGUUCUAGAAGAAGUGCUUGUCUGGCAAGUUAUAGGCCGUCUCAAAUGGCCCCCUAUUCCCUAUAUAGUACACUACUUUUGACCAGGGCCCAUACGUCUCUGGUCAUCUGGUCAAAAGUAGUGUUUUAUAUAGUGCAUUACAAAAUGCCAACCUAUGUUCCAAUGUCCCGUCUAGCAUCCGUCUUACAAUGCGCAGACCGACCUGAUAAAUAGCUUCAUUCUUAGUGGCGUGCCAGUGUGUGUAUGUUGGAACGGGACUUUAGAUACAAAAGUCUGUCCCCGCCUCAGUCUUCCUACAUGCUAGGCUACACGCCCACUGGCCCAAGUCGGACGACAGAAGUGCCAGACCGCGAGUCUACACUGCGCACACAUUCACACUUGUGCUUUUGGCAUUUAAAUAAAUGUACAUCUGAAAUGGCUUUUUAAACAA